ACUGGAGAAAAGCCGUAUCAGUGUUCUCAGUGUGGAAAGACUUUUAGCCAAACGUCUUCUCUCAAGACACACCAGAGGAUCCACACUGGAGAAAAGGCAUAUCAUUGUUCUCAGUGUGGAAAGAGCUUUAGUACAACAGGUGAUCUCAAGACACACCAAAGGAUCCACACUGGAGAAAAGCCGUAUCAGUGUUCUCAGUGUGGAAAGACUUUUAGCCAAACGUCUUCUCUCAAGACACACCAGAGGAUCCACACUGGAGAAAAGCCGUAUCAGUGUUCUCAGUGUGGAAAGGUCUUUAGUCAAAUGACUAAUCUCAAGAUUCACCAGAGGAUCCACACUGGAGAAAAGCCACAUCAGUGUUCUCAGUGUGGAAAGACUUUUAGCCAAACGUCUUCUCUCAAGACACACCAGAGGAUCCACACUGGGGAAAAUCCAUAUCGCUGUUCUCAAUGUGGAAAGACUUUUAGCCGAAUGUCUUAUCUCAAGUCACAUCAGUGGAUCCACACUGGGGAAAAGCCACAUCAGUGUUCUCAGUGUGGAAAGACCUUUAGUCAAAAGCGUGAUCUCAAGACACACCAGAGGAUCCACACCGGAGAAAAGCCAUAUCAGUGUUCUCAGUGUGGAAAGACUUUUAGCCAAACGUCUUCUCUCAAGACACACCAGAGAAUCCACACUGGA